CGAUCAUCACCAAUUGCUUCCCUCCACACAAUGUUCGCUGCCAGACGAUCUGCUCCUUCGACGCGGCAGCUGCUGCGCACCCAGCGCCGCUGGGGCUCCCACGCCGCCCACGAGCCCGUGAACGAAGGCUUCGGCCGCAGCUUCUACAUCACCUCCGGCUCCAUCGCCGCCGCCUUCCUCCUCUACCGCAUCUCCGAGUCCAACACUGAAUCCGGCAAGCCGUCUUGGAUCGCCGGCCUCAUUGACAAGUGGACGCCUUCCCAGGAGGUCUUCGAGCAACGCAAUGCUAUCCACACCGCUAUGAUGGAGAAGGCUGCUUCUGACCGCCACUUGCUCGGUAGUCAGGGCCCAGCCGAGGGUUUUGCACUUAGACAGCCGGAUAUGCUGAAUGCCGGCUCUCCUUACAACGUUUCGCCCGGUUCGCAGGCCGACCUGAGCCAUGUCGUCGCUCACUACCAGCGCAAGAACCAGGAGACUGAGGAGUCUCGGGUUGCGCGGAUGAAGGACGGCAAGGUUGUGUCGCUCUAUGACUAAUCUCUUUUCUUUUGAUCGGCUGUCUGAAAUAGACAUGUGUGGAGGAAAAAUCAUGUACAUAUACGUUGGGACUUGACGUUCAAUCCAGCACCUGAUAAUUGGAUUUUCUUUUGUUUUUGAA